UGUUAUGUCGAUGGUCAAAAAAACAGACCAGAUGCCUCACAGAAAUUGCAUUUUCUGAUUCAAUUUUUCAGACAAAAUGUGUGGCCUUUUUCAUGGAAUUACACACAUGAUGCAUGCUGCAACUCACACAAAUGCAAUCUUCUUUGCUUAUAUCUACCAAGAGUUUGAAAACUAGAGUCCACAGAGGAAAAAAAAACACUGCAUUUUCCUAUGGCUUCUUCAAAAGUCCUUGCUGUUAUUCAUAUCAUUUCUCUACUUCUCCCUACCACCCUCUCACAAACAGUGGGGAACUCACCACCAGACCCCCCCAGCAUUGCUGAAUGUGGCCCUUACCUGCUGCCCUUAGCACCCUGUGGACCAUUUGUGCAGGGCACAGUGCCCUUUCCUGCCCUGCAAUGCUGCAUUAACCUCCGGCAACUCUACGCCCAGCAACCUAGUUGCCUAUGUCUCUUGAUCAAUGGUUCCACCUUGAGCGAUUUCCCAAUCAACACCACAUUAGCCCUUCAGCUCCCAUCGCUCUGCACCAUGCAGAUCGACGCCUCCAUCUGCUCAGCUCCUCGGGUAACUACUCAGCCGCCAUCUCAACCCCCAUCGCCAUUCGCACCCACUUCAUCGGGGCCAAAACACAACUCAACUAUUGCAGCUUCUCCCGUGGUUACAGUUCAACCUAGGAUGCCUGGUUUAAUAGGGUUUGGAUAUCCGCAUAGCUCGGGUGUAAACAUAAAUGUUAAGGAUUCUCUGAUGGUUGUAAUACUCACUUCUUGGUGUUCAAUGUUUUGGGUCUAACCAUA